CCGCGGCGCCGCCCCCGCCCGCCCGGGACAGCCCCGCCGCCUGCGGGUGAGCGGCAGGAUGUGGCGCCGCUCGGCGCGUCGCGCUCCCCCCGCGCCGGCCCGCCCGCCGCCAGGCCGCGCCGCGCGCCUCGCCUGACCGAGGAUUUACGCAGGGAGCGGCGGCGGGGGAGGGAGAUCCGCGCCAGCCCCGACAACUGCUGCUGCCCUUUCCCCCGCGGAGGAGCAGGAGGAUGCGGGCCGGAGCCGUGCCCUGAGCGAUGGAGGGAGUCCUGUACAAGUGGACCAACUACCUGGCGGGUUGGCAGCCUCGAUGGUUUGUUUUAGACAAUGGGAUAUUGUCAUACUAUGAUUCGCAGGAUGAUGUUUGCAAAGGCAGCAAAGGAAGUAUAAAGAUGGCUGUUUGUGAAAUUAAAGUUCAUGCAACAGACAACACAAGAAUGGAGCUAAUCAUCCCAGGGGAACAGCAUUUCUAUAUGAAAGCUGUUAAUGCAGCUGAAAGGCAAAGAUGGCUGGUAGCUCUGGGGAGUGCAAAAGCCUGUUUGGCAGAUACCAGAACAAAAAAAGAAAAAGAAAUAAGUGAGACCAAUGAAUCUCUGAAAACCAAAAUGUCCGAACUUCGUCUUUACUGUGAUCUUUUAAUGCAGCAAGUUCAUACGAUACAAGAAUUUGUUCACCAUGAUGAGACUCGAUCUCCUCCCAGCAUUGAGAACAUGAAUGAAGCCUCUUCCUUGCUUAGUGCCACGUGUAAUACGUUUAUCUCAACACUUGAGGAAUGUGUGAAGAUUGCUAAUGCGAAGUUUAAGCCAGAAAUGUUUCAGCUGCCUCACCCUGAUCCCUUAGUUUCUCCUGUGUCACCAUCACCUGUCCAAAUGAUGAAGCGUUCCAUUAGCCACCCUGGCACUUGCUAUUCAGAGAGGAAUAGUCACUCUAUAAAAGAACCAAUUUCAUCUCCUUACCAAUUAUCACAGCGACGCAGAAGAACAUACUCAGAUACAGAAUCUUACAAUGAUACUCCCCUUGAAGAUUCUCAGAGAUCUGCUCACUGUUCUAGAAGUGCUGUCAAUGGAGAUUUGGUAUCAUCAACCAUUCCUGAAGAAAAUAGAUCAGUGUCUAAGGAAGGAUGUGAACUGGAAGAGACUCUUCCAUCCUUUUCUUCCUGAAGAAACCGAAAGUAUUGAAUUUUCUAUAAAUAAUGCUAUGCAAAGGCUGCUGUAAUUAUACUGUUAUAGGAAGUAGUCAUUUCCCUUUUUAGAAGGACUUCUCUGCACUUUAUAGAAUAACAUAAAAACUAUCUUUGAAGUGUAUUUUAUCUUUAUAUAGUUUAUUUGCAAGAGUAUUUUCCUAAUAUUUCACAGUUUGAAUGUGCAUUUUUUGGAACAAAUAAUGGUUUAACAGAUAAGCAUCUACAUUUGUAAAUGUAGCUCUUUUUAAAACGUGUGAAGGUCUGAUUGAUACAUUAGUAAACCUGUAAAUUAUAAACUUCAGCAAAAGGGUUUCAAGUUUUUGGAGAAAAUGUAACUUGUGCCAUGGGCCUAUUGGUCAUUUGUACAGACUCUAGAGCCUGGUCAUGCAGUCCUCCUGGAGCUGUGAUACCCCUGCAGUGGCUUUUUUGCCUGUGUAAGGGCUGUGGGAUUAGGUAUUAAUGGGUUUACUUUAGCAGCUUGAUGGUAAUUAACAUUGCCUUCUUUAAAAACACAGGGAUAUACAUAAUCUGGUCCUUUGUCUUUAGCCAAUGAAAGUAGAAAUAUUUAGUGUAUUUUUCUAAACAAAUGUAUAAAAAUAACUUAAUAUAAAGCAUUUGUACCAAACAUUGGAUAUUUAACAAUUUUUAUUUAUUUAUUCUUUUUUGCAUCAAAAAUUUCUACCUACUUUCACUUCUAAAGAUCUACUAAAGGCUUCAAAAUGUGCAUAAAUUGUUUCUGAGGCAUGUAGCAUCACAGAUAGCUAAUGCAGCACUGCUAACAUUUAUUCUGCUGAUUAAGAUAUCUUUUUAACAAAGUAUUAUAGAAGCAAGAGCUGAAAUAUUAGACCAUUAAGCUGCUGGUGUAAUGAAUAUUUGUAUCUAUACAUAUUUUAUUUAUGACAUAUUUAUACAAAAAAGGGGUUUCUGUUUUGCGACUUCUUUGUAUCACUUCAGGACGGUGUAUACCAGGAGAUGGAUUCUAAUCUCAGUUAUAUCAGUAUAAAUUUGCAUUAACUAUAAGUGAGAUCAGAUUCUGCCUCUCUAAAUAAUUGAUGAAUAAUACAGUAUAACAGUGCCUGCUAGCACCUGGCUCCAUAAGGUUGCUAGUGUUGCAUUGCAAGCUUUUGGGUUUUUUUGGUAUUCAUUUAGGGAUAAACUUGGUCUAUAAAGUCUUAGCUGUAGAGCACUUUAAACAAAUGGUUUACUGUUUUUGAUUUACACAAGUGUUAAAUAAAUGUACAGGGUUUUUUUGCACUUGAGCACAUACCAAAAUCUGUUUUUAUAAUCAAAUCUUUAAUUUGGUUCAAUGAGUCUUCCUUUGGUAUAUAUGAAUAAUUCGGUGUUUUUGAAGCAGGCUGGAAAAGACAGAUUCCGUAUGAAUUUCUGGAAUGUUGAUUUAUCUGAAUCAAAAAAUGUCCAAAUGUUGACAGAAACAUAUGAGCUGUUGCCCAUCUAGAGUACCAGUUACAAACCAUUAAGUCUGGAACAAAUGAAAUGGAAUAGCUCGUAUGAGUAAAGUUAUUUGUGGAUACAAGUUCAGAGCUGUCAUUUGUGCUCAGUUUUGUCAGUUUUCAUGUAACUAACAUUUGCAUAUGUGUAUCAGCCACACACAUGCUUGUACAGUUUUUCUGAAUGUUUGCUUUAAUGUAUUCUGUAUCACACUUCUUUAGUCUUAUGGCAAUUGUAAAAAGUAUUAAAAAAAGACAUGUUCAGUGAAGUAAACUUCGUAUAGCAAUGUGAGUAUUGUCCUGAAUCAUAUACAGUGUCUUAGAUCUGCUUGCUGAAAUGUCACUGAGGUUUCUGCCAGCUUGUAAAGUGUUUAAUACGUAUCACAUUAAUGGAUGUUUAUUUCUGUUUUUCAGCUGUUACGGAAAAAGUAAUUUGGACUCCACACUGUGCAGAAAAAAAAAAAAUCCGUGAGACUAUCUGUGCAUGUAACCUUAAAUCAUCAUUGGAAAUACUGCCACAGAUAGGAUUAUUUAAACUUAAGUUGUAAUACUCUAGAUUUAACAGUUGCAUGUUACUGUAUCAGUACUGUUUGGGCUUCUCCAUGUCACUAAAGCCGGAAUGAUGUCUCAGUAUGUAUGCAACAUGUUCCCACUAAAGUUAAAUAGGCAUUUUUAUGUAACUGUGCCAAACUCUAUUGGCAAAAUCCUAAAAUGUGUUUAAAUGAGAUCAGUGGAGAUGAUAUACCUUCAUACUUUAAGCAUCUGAAUCUAAGAAGUCACUUAUAAAAAUGAUACUUAGCUGGCUGAAUCACAGUGAUCAGUGUAUAGUAAGACUUUAAAAAAUCUGGAUUCUGACUAUUAUGUUUUCAUUCUUUGCAGAUUUAGAGUUUAGGGGUGAGCUAAUCAGUAAUGCAUAAUAUUAUCAUUACUCCUGGUGGAGAAUGGGAGCGGAAUCUCAGCAAAGGAUGUGCAAUUAGUACUUCUAAUUUUGAUCUCCCUUGCUUUUUAAGAGACAAUCUGAAACCAAAUUCAAUUUUUCUCAUAGUGUUUAUCACAUAACACGUAUAAGCAUACUAAAUAUAUUUAGGCAAAAAGUGCUAAUUGCUUGUUACUGAGUAUUUUCUCUAAAGUCUUUAGUAUCAGAAAUUAAUGGUAGACAAUUAGAAAUGGAACAUGCUUAAAUGGCAUACCAGCUUUUAUUAUAAAGGAUUACUGACCAGACACUUGUCAAAGCUGAUUUGGGAAUGCAUGAGUACUUAGAUUACCACAUUCAGAAAGCCUUUAAACUUUGCAAAUUAAUGUUUGUAUUUCUUUCUACUUUGUGUAUGUGGUAAGAUAGUCAAUCAGCUUGAUUUAUUUAUUAUAUUUUUUUCAGGAAGAACAAUGUUUCGGAUAUGAAAACUUCAGAUAGUGUUUGUGCAUAAAAAUUUUGCAUUUAAUUUAGUUAAAGGCUGAAAUCAUAACUAUUUAUGUUAAGUUUAUUUUCACAAACUAUAACCUUUAAUUUUAUUUGUCAUCUCAUCAUCAAGUUAAGUAUGAUAGUGUAGCUGUUGUUCCUGCUGAUCUAAGUUAAUAACUUCUGACAGGUGUAUAAUACCCAAAUGAAGGAAACUUUUGUGUCUGAAAUCUAACAAUAUUUUUUCAGCUAUUCCUCAUUAUUCUGCUUUAAAAGAGUUGAUGUAAAAUCUGCCUGUCGUUGACGUUCCUUUACAGACUGCUUCCAGUUUUACAUCCGGAUCUAGAAGAGAACAGAACUGCUUAAAAGGGGGUUUAUGUAGAAUUGGAUGCCCACAUCCAAAAUUGCCAUCCUGCAACUCUGCUGUUUAACACUGAAAACCAAAGGCCCACAUAUGUUUUUGUUUCAGCGACAGUUACUGUGUACAUAGAAUUGCCACUGUCUUGGUCAGACUCAGCAACUUAGCAGAUGACUUAGUGAAACUGGUAGAGAUUCAGAAGUAGGCAUUCCUCUGUUAUAAAGCAGAGGAACCAGUUCUUUACUAUUUUGCAAAGAUGAUUGUCUAACACACUAACAUGAUCAACCUUACUGGAAAAUAGAGUAAUUGGUCCCCCCCCCCCACUUUAAAACAUGCCAAAAGAAACCUUUUACUUCUCCUCUUUCUGCUGUGUACAGUAGUGAUUAGAAGGUGCCCUUUGGACAUUUAAAAUACUUUACUAGGCAUUUUAAUAGUUGUUAAGUCCAGGUGAACUGUCCAGAAUGUUGUUCAGCAAGUGAAUGCCAUAACAAAGUAAUCAUACACUUUCCCUGCUUUGCAGACUGGUGCCAUCUUUUUCUUCAGGGUAGCAUGCUACCAUUUUGGUUGUUUAUGCACCCACAGGGACAUGUAUAGCCAUAUCCUGACUGUUCUAACUGUGGAGAAUAGGUCAGCAAUGAGAGCACAGCCUCAUCCUACAGAUGUGUUUUAAAAGAGAUGACUGAGCUCAUUCAGAGGUGUGUUUUUUUUUGUUUUUUUUUUUUUUUUUUUUUUGGAAAGAAAACGGUAAACACGUGUUUCCAAGAGUGUGGAUUGCAAAUGUUAAAGGUAAUUUCUUUCAGUUAAGACAGAGCAAUGGCACUUGAGUGUUGCCUCCUCUAUGUGUUUCCUUUCCCUGUGCUCCAGAUUCUCCUGUGCUGAAUAGUGUGGUUGGCUAUUUGUGUAUCUUUGUUUUCUCUGUGCACCUUGUAGGUGUCUUGAGCAUUUUGCAUAAAGUUUGGAUAACAUUUGCAGAAGCAAGUAGUUAUGGCUUUACUAGCUCUGACUUACACUCUUCUGUGCACUUUUUGUGAAGUUAUUAUUUUUCUGGCAUCCUUUCUGUUUUGUACCACUGCUGCUAUUACUAUGGCAUUUCCCUUUUCCAGUAUGAGAAGACUAUGAUUUAUUUUUGACUGUGUCAUACUAUGUUUUUUUUUUUUAAUAGACAUCAGCUACUCUGAUAUUUUUUUAAAUCCAAGCUCUAACCUGAUUUGAGAAUGUUAUGGUCUUUAAAAAGAAAACAAAACGUAGAGGAGAUUUAGUUUAAAUAAAUAUUUUAUCAGA